UAACUCUCAUUCUUCCACUUUAUGUCCCUAUUAUUUAGCCGUUUCUUCUCCUUUCUUUUCAGUUCUCACCAAAAAGCUUUAGAAAAAAAAUUUUAGGAGAGAGAUCAAAUAAAGACACAAAAGGGGAUGAUUAUAUACCAUCCCAUGAAGGAUCUCACUACCACACUCUUCUUCGUUUUCUCUUUCUGAUUCUCUCUCCCUCUCCAGUUCUCUUAGAACAUACGCUGUCCCUUUGCGUGGUUUGAUCGAUGUUCGCAGAAUUUAACGAAUUUUCAGUUCUGGGUAUGUUGAAUUCAGAGAUAUUUCUCGUGAAAGAGCAAGCAGAAGGCAUCCAGUUCGAUAUUUCGAAGAGACCCUCGUUGGAGUUUCAAGACGAGUGCCCUCAUGCCGCUACCUCAGUACUUAUUGGGAUUCCUCAAGAGCAAGGAGAAGUUGAAGAAGAACGGGGAGGCGCGGUGAUAAGCACAGAGCCAACUAUUCUUUCACCUAAUUUUACAGAAGACGCGAAAGAAGAAGAGGAACAUGACGCUGCGGUUCCUGAGGAAAGCGGAAAUAUCGGGAAGCUGUCUUUAGGACAACUUGAUGACGUGACGGUUGGUGAGGAAGAUGAUGGGUUCAAAACUCCGACAUCACCGGGUCAUAAAAUUACGGCGGUCAAACAAUGCCCACCUGCACCCAGAAAACCGAAAUCAUCAAUUCCGUCCAGGAAACGGAGAAGACAACAGGUAGUACUGGAUGUUACAGAAGAGUUGGAAUCCUUGUUUCCCAAGCCUGAUUUACAUCGGAAAAUAAGGAAAGUCCGGAGAGAAGAGAAUUAACGACUUUAAUUUUACUCUCUUUUUUAUUUUCUGUAAAAUGAUUAGAAGAAUUAUCCCCAUAUAUAUAUAUAUCCAUGGUGCAGUUGUGAUUAAUUUUAAUUUCCUUCUUUUUUUUCCUCUUUUUUUUUUUUUCUCUCUUCUCCUUUAAGAGAUGGGGUUCGGUCUAAGAGACACUGAUCAUGAUGAAGAUGUUGAAAGUUAAAGUUGCAAAAGAUCCAAAUGUUAAAAGAAAAAAAAAAUUAAAGAGUUUGUGAGUUCCAACUUUAUUGCAGCCGGUCGGAGGGUUGGCCUGCAGCAGCUUCUUCUGUACUCAAGUUGUUAUAUAUGUUAUCUUUCUUUAUUCUUAAACCCAGAAUCUAAACAUUUUAGAGAAGAGGAAUAAAACUGAAGAUUUAAC